AUGGAUUGUACCAUCGUGUUCAACCCAGCCAGCUCGCUAGCCCAAUCUUUCGCGGUUUUCUUGCCCACGACGUCUGAAAAUAACGACACCGACGAUCAGAUCAACAUUCUUAGGAACGCAUUGCUGCGAGAGCUUACCAGAAAGUACCGCGCGCACAACGAGCUUGCUCCAAUCAAUCAACUUCCCUUCGAGAUCCUUGGCAAAAUCUUCCGUCUCCUACUGUCGACUGUCUCUGACUUCGUUCCACCCUGGAGAGGCCCUUCUCUCUCAGCAGACCUGAUCAGCGUUACCCAAGUCUGCAAGCGCUGGGGAGAGAUCGCGGUCGCGACUCCCUCGCUGUGGCCGACCAUAGCUACGAACGACCGUGACGAAGCUGCAGCCGCCUUUCUUCGGCGUUCGGGUACAGGACAACUAUCCGUCCUCACUACAGUCGCUACAACCACGGCCGGUACCCCGCUGCUCUACGUGACAUCAUCGACCACCACCUCCAUUGCGUCGAGCAUCUGCUCCUGCGCAGACUCAAAGGCCCGUAUAAUGCCCGAGAGUUGCAGCUUUUGCGAGUAG